AUGACAGACCGACUUUGCAUCCACUCCGAUGGGAAAUAUCAUGAUGAGGUAAGUGCAGAGGAUUUGCUUUCUUGCUGUGGUUCCUUCUGCGGCGAUGGCUGUGACGGCGGCUACCCAACUCGCGCCUGGAUCUAUUGGACUACCAUGGGAAUUGUAACCGGUGGAGGCUAUGAGUCAAAUAAGGGAUGCAAGCCUUACGGGUUUCCCCCCUGCGACCACGUUGGCACAGGCCAAUUGCCGCGAUGCAAUGGAAGUUAUGCUACACCUGAGUGUGUGAGACGUUGCCGGAAGGGAUAUGAAAGAUCCUACGGAAAAGAUCUGCAGUUUGGUAAUGAUGCAUAUCAAGUUGAAGGUGAGACGGAGAUAAUGACGGAACUUAUGAAUAAUGGGCCAAUGGAAGCGGACUUUUUAGUGUAUUCUGACUUUCCGAGUUACAAAUCUGGCGUCUAUCAACAUCUUGCUGGACAUUACUUGGGUGGACACGCGGUGAAGCUGAUUGGUUGGGGUGUUGAGGGAGGUACGAAAUACUGGCAACUUGUCAAUUCAUGGAAUGAUCAAUGGGGAGACAAUGGCACAUUCAAAAUACUCCGAGGUGUGGAUGAAUGUGAAAUUGAGUCAGAGGUUAUUGGUGGAACACCUCUAUUCGAAUGA